AUGGCUGGUGGAGGCGGCUCCAUCGGCGCAAAUGGCGCCGCAGGUCCCGCCUUGUUUGCCGCACCCAAGCCGACGGGGAUGGCGGUAAUCGUGCAGCAAUCCAUGGCGGUUCAGUUCCUUGUCGACCCGUCCACUGGAGCGAUUCUAGGCUCGAGUAAAGGCGCGUCGCGAACGCUGGGUCCAGCUGUUAAUGACCAGACGUCGCUCCUCGAUAUUACCUUUCUCUCGCAAAACAAGUGGCGGCAUUUGAUUCGCCAGCUCAGCCGCGGGAAGGUGGAAAAGAUUCAUCUGCCCGGAAUAAUUCGGGCCAAGCAGCCUCGGAUGUCCAUGCGAUUGUCCACGUCAUCAGCGGCCGCGUCAGCGUCUAUGGCAACUCCUAGAAAAUCAGUUGCGGGUACCCCGAGAGGAUCCAGGCCGUCGUCAUCCGACCGUUCAUUUCACCAACCCGCAACGGCCGCGAUUGACCCAGCCGCGAGCCGCGCCUCCAGCGAUUGGCUGGCCCCCGCAAGCCAAGCCAAUGCCGGUUCAGUCACCAGCAGUGGUAGAAGCUCCACUCGACCCAGUGAUGUCUUUAAAGUCGACUUACCAGAAAUCGAUAUUCCCAAGACCAUCCCGACACCACCAUCAAUCUCGUCCAGUGGCAGUGGCGGCUCGAGUUCCACUGAUGCGACUGCUGCGAGGCGCGACUUUUCUGGUGCGGGUCGCGGGUCGUAUCCCCGCAGAAUACGGACUGCGUCGUUUGGUCGAGCGGGCUCCUGCAACGAAGCUAUUCCCGAGAACAGCGGCAGCGCGACCGGCGGCGGGAACAACGCCGGAACUGACGCUCCCGCCUCCAUCUGGGCCGCAGAACACGCGGGGAGUGCGUACAACGAAGGAGCCUCAAAAGAGGGCGCUUCGUCUGGUGACCGGAUCCCUUCAAUAUUGCGUGCGUCUCCGAGAGCGUUGCAGAAGCUUCCGUCUUCGUCGUCCCUCCCGCCGCUUCUUCCGGCGACGGAUUCGACCGACAGCAGCAGCAGCGGACGAAGCAGCAGCAGCAGCGGCCGGCAUGGCGGCCUGCAGAGCGGCUCGAGCCCGUGGGACGGCGGCCUUACCUCCCCGCCCACCCCCUCCCCGAACAGCAUCAUCGGAAACUGCCUUCCCGCCAUGAGCGGAACUCCCAACGCGAUUGGCGCGGUCCGACAGGGCGCAAAUCUGAUGGUUGCGCGCGCGCCCACUCCAGCACUCCCCUCGCCGCCGGAAGCGGAAGGAACCGCGGCCAACAGCGCUGUUUCACCCGUGCCCAGCGAAGGAGGCGGCGCAAGCGCGGGACGGCGAGGGCCUGGAAGGAUGAUGUCGAUUCGACGGAAGACGGAGAAACGUGGGGUAAAAGGUGCAACGGGGAGCGAAUCUGGCGAAAUGAGCUUGCAGGGUUCGCCGCAGCAGUCGCAGCAGGAGCGGAUGCAAAUCGACGGGGAACAGCGGGGAGAGUCAGCGCUGGCGGAAGGUUCGGCGGAAGGCGUUUCAACGCACGCCGCCAAGCCCCCGCAGCAGAGGCCAGCGGGUCGGGGGAGGGAGUGGCGGAAAGGGCUCAAGAGUCUGUUCGGGUCAAAUUCGGUCAAGCGGAGAGGGGAAGCGGAGGAGGGAGGUAGUGUAAGAGGUGGGUUGAACACAUCUGGCGGAGUCGAAACUGUGACGACAGGGGAAGCGGAGGUGGCAGAUACGCGCAUGGCGGAGGUUAGCUCGCGGGGGGAGGAGGAGGAAAUAUCGGGGGGAGGCGAUUUUGUAACGGGGAUGAACACAGCCGAGAUGGAUGAGUCCGUGCAAGUCAUCCCCUCUCACGCCCAGCAGCAGCGGGAGGUGCAGCAGGCACAGGCGGUGCUGCAGCUUCAGAAUUAUGCGGGACUGGGAACAGUUGUUCUCGAGGGUGUGGACGGUGUGGUAACCAGCUGUAACACCAGCGCAACGAAUAUCCUGGGAUUCCCGGAGCCGUACAUUAUGGGGCAGACGCUACAACACUUUGUGACAGAAUCUGAGAAGGCCACGUUUGCGGAGGAAUACAGCAAGGUGCAGCAGGGUGUGCAGGAGUGGACGCAGCAGGAGAUUCGGUUGAGAAAGAUUGACCGCAGCACAGUGGCUGUGCGAAUCACCAUGACCAGCCUCUCCACUUCCCCGCCUGCUGCGGCGCCUGCUACCACCCCAACUGCUGCUACUGCUGCCGCUGCUGCAGCUGCAGCUGCAGCGGCUGCCGCCGCUGGUGCUGCUGGUGCUCCCGAUGCUGCAGCCGCUGCUACUGGUGCUGUUGGUGCUAGCGCUGCUGGUGGUGGUGUUGCUUCUGCCGCUGCUGCCGUUCCUGCUGCCGCGGCUGGGGAAACAGACACGAGCAAUAUGAGCAGAACAAGCAGCCACGAGAGUGGGUCGAGUGGGAGCGAGGCGGGGCGAGCAGCAGUCAGAGAGCACACAGCCGUGCUCUGCAUGUUCCAAGACAUCAGCGCGCAGAAGGCCCUGGAGCAACACAUGGAGAACUACCGCAUGAUGGUGGAGCACUUCCCUGCCGGCGCGGUGCUCAUAUCCCACGCGGGCGAGGAGGGCGAAACCAUCCUCGUUAACAGCACUCUCGAGGCCAUGCUGGGCUGCGAAAAGGGCUCCAUUAACAGCGUAGACAAAUGGUUCACUACACUCUACGCGGAGAAAGCCCGCCGCGCGAGACAGCUCCACGAGGCUCGGCGCGUGUCUGGGAGCAGCAAGGACGUGACGAACACGGUGCAGCAGAUUAAGAAGAAGGACGGGUCGAAGCUGGUGGUGGAUGUGACGACGUACCAGUUUGACCUGGGGGAAAUGUGGCUCGUGAAUGAUAUCACCGAGAGCCGCAAGAACCAGUUCAAGUUUCGCAUGCUCUUCGAGCUGUCCUCGGAUCCCAAGCUGCUGCUGAACCAGGACGGACGCGUGUUCGACUGCAACCAAUCGGCCAUCCGCAUUCUCAAGUGCGGCACAAAGGAGUCGCUCCUAGGCAAGACCCCCUGGGAGCUCUGCCGUCCGCAACAGCCAUCGGGGCAGCGCUCCGCGUUCCUCAAGGCGGUUCUCGACGAUCUCGCCGCCAGCAACAACGUCCCCGCGCCCGCGGGCUCCGCGGGAGGAGUCCCGGGCGCGACGGUGCUGAGCGGCGCGUCCGCGGUGGGCGGGGAGAAGCGGUACCGAUUCGAUUGGCUGUUCGAAGACGAGGAGGGGCAGGACGUACCGGUGGAGGUGUUAUGUAAGAUGGUGAAUUUCUUUGGCGAGCCGGUGUAUCUGAUGGUGUGGCACGACAUGGCGGAGGCGCGCAAGCAGGAGGCGGAGCUGCGCCGCGCGAAGGCGGAGGCGGAGAAGGCGAGCAAGGCGAAGACGCAGUUUUUGGCGAAUAUGAGCCAUGAGAUCCGCACGCCCAUGAACGGAAUCAUCGGCGUGGCUGAUCUGAUGCUCGCGACGCCGCUGUCGCCGGAGCAGUGCUCGCUGCUCGAAACCCUAAGAUCGUCGUCCGAGGGCCUCCUACACAUCCUCUCCGACAUCCUCGAUUUAAGCAAGAUCGAGAACGAGAAGAUGGUCCUCGAUUUUAGCAACUGGCGGUUGCGGGAGAACGUGAGCAACUGCGUCGCGCUGUUCCGCGGAUCCGCAACCGGGAAAAAUAUCCGCAUUAAAGCGCGAGUCGACAAGGACGUGCCUAUCGAGGUCUUCGGAGACUGCAUGCGCGUGCGUCAGGUGGUCACUAACCUACUCAGCAACGCGAUUAAGUUCACGUCGGCCGGGGGACACGUGUCGGUGCGCGUCAGCCUCGUGGAUCCGCACGCCCCGGGCCGCGGAAAGCGGCGCGAGUCGUUCUCGAGUUUGGAGCCGCUAAGAGAGAACGCGGAUAUGGAUAAAGUGGUGGUGCAGUUCGAAGUGAAAGACACGGGCAUCGGGAUUCCUCCCCACGCGCAGAAAAACCUUUUCCAAGCCUUCAAUCAGGCUGACAACUCCACAUGUCGGAGGUUUGGAGGAACAGGCCUUGGCUUGGCUAUUUGCAGGGCGCUUGUCAACCUCAUGGGCGGCGAAAUUACCCUUACAAGCGAAGAAGGAAAAGGAUCGUCCUUCACCUUCACUGUGUGCCUUGGGGUCACAGAAGCCGCUCCAAGUGACGUGGAGAGCGCAGGGGAGGAAAGCAUUGGCGAUGAGGAGAGCGAGGAAGAGGAGGAGGGAGAGGACGACGAUGCCCAAUCUCUCGUAAAUACCGGAAAAGGAGGGGGACACGGCUGUCACAAGAAGGUUUUCACGGACGAGCUGCCCGAGAAGCUGCCCGAGUGUGUGAAGACGUGGAAAGUUUUGGUUGCGGAGGACAACACGGUGAACCAGAUGGUGGUGACCCGCAUGCUGAAGAACCUCGGGAUUGCCACAGAGGUGGCGGAGAAUGGGCUCAAGGCGCUGCACGCGUGCGAGAGCAACCACUACGAUUUUAUUCUUAUGGACUGCCACAUGCCGGAGAUGGAUGGGCUGGAGGCCACUCGACAGAUCCGCAAUGCAGAGCAGCUGCUGCCGAGCCAGCCGCCCAAGUUCAUCGCAGCGCUCACUGCCAGCGCGUUCGACUUCGAGCGCGAGGCGUGCUUUGCAGCUGGUAUGAACCACUUCCUGACCAAGCCGAUUCGGCCCAAGGAUUUGGAGGACCUGGUGAUGAAGCUGGUGGAGAUGCGCAAGUGA